AUGACGUGUUGGCAGUGGGUUGGAGUUGCCUUUGAGUGCUGGAUUAGUCCUCGAUUUUGGCAGCAAUACUUUUUCUUUGAGUUUUGUCCAUCAGAUAAAAUAGGCUUCUGUUUCUGUUCCGCUAGUAGUGUCAACAUUAAUGCCUUGCAGACUGAAUGGACGGAGGUGGAUCUUAGUCAUCUUAGUGAGCCUGAGGAUAUUCAGUUAAGGGAUCUUUUGAGCGAGCUUCCCGAUGUGCUAACUGAUCAGUUGGGGUUGACCAACAAGAUUCAAUAUAAAAUUACUUUAGUGGAUAAUGUGCCAGUUCUCCAGGCUCCUCAUCGUCUGUCACCACCUAAAAUGACGAUUUUAAAGCAGAAGAUUGAGACCAUGCUUCAUGAUGGAGUAAUUACACCUUCAGCUUCUCCACACGCCUCCCCUAUACUUUUGGUGGGAAGAUCUUGGACCAGUUAUUGA